AUGGCGUCGCUCACGGCGCACCUCGGCGACGGCGACCGGGCCCAGCUCAAGGCCUGGUUCGCGGCGCAGAAGAAGCGCGCCGCGAAGCUGCCCCCGCUGGCCUUCCCCCUGAGCGCCGCGGACGUCUUCGGCGCGCCCGCGGGGACGACGGGCGGCGCGCUGGGCGUCGACUUCGUCACGGCCCAGAAGGACUCGACGAAGGUGGACCUCGGGAGCGAGCUGCCCGCGAUCCCCGGCCGGCCCCGGCUCCCGACGCUCAAGCUCGCCCAGCGCAUGGGCGAGGGCGGCAUCGGCGCGGUGGUCUGGAACUGCGGCCGCGCGUUAUGCCACGCGCUCCCGCGGCUCCCGGAGCUCGCGAACGGCCGCUUCGCCGACGCCUACACGUCCGUCUUAGAACUCGGCUGCGGCACGGGCCUCGUGGGGCUCGCCUGCUGGCUCCGGGGCGCGGGCCAGGGCGGGAAACGGGCGCGACGCGCGGGCUCGGUCGCGCUCACGGACCUCGCGUCCAUCGCGCCGCUCGCGCGGGAGAACGCGCUGGCCUGCGUCGGCGCCGACGGGGCCCUGCCGCCGGGCCUCGCCGUCGAGGCCCUGGCCUGGGGCGACGCGCCGCCGCCCGGCGUCGCCGCGCGCGCGCCCUUCGACGUCGUCUUCGGCAGCGACUGCCUCUACGACGCCAAGGUGCUGCCCCAGCUCCUCGCGACGCUCCUCGCGACGACGGGGCCCGCCUCCGUCGUCUACCUCGCCUACAAGCGCCGCGUCGACGAGCGCGAGGCGCCCUUCUUCGCGCUCCUCGAGGCCCACUUUGCGUCCGUGGCCUUCUCCGAGGCGUCGGAGGUGCCCGAGGAGUGGCGCGGCACGGGGCUCCACAUCUGCCGCCUCGCCGGCCGCCGCGAACCGGCCCCCUCGGCCUAG